AUGAACCGGUAUAGAAAUAAUGCGCCCGGGGUCAGAGGCCCUACUAGGGCUACUGCGAGUACGCUGUGCCAGAAAUGCUUGAAGAGAGAUACCUAUGAGUGCAAGGCAGCACCUCAGGAGAGGCCGUAUGCCUCACGGCCAUCGCGCACGCAGCAGCUGAGGAAUCCGAAGCUGGCCCCGAAACUUUCGACCGAGGUCCCCAAUGAUCUCCUGCGAACUAAAGGAGUCGCAGAUGAACUACUAGCCAAACGGGAGACUGAACAUACCCGCUCAGCGGUUCACGAUGGGAGAAGUCGGUCGAGGAGGCGCUCGCGGUCAAACUCUUCAGUUUCCGUGAGCUCUGUCUCAACGAUAUCGACCAGCCGAGAGCAUUCAGCAUCGCCUGAUCGACAGCGCGAACACGAUUCGAAGAAAGACGAUGAACGUGCACUGUCUAGGACCAGGAAGCGACGGUACAGCGACUCGCCCUCCGAGUAUUCGGAUGCUUCCUAUUCCUCUGCCAAUCAACCUCGGUCGAGGUCGAGAGAAUGGCCUCGCGAUAAGAAUACCAGGCGACGACGUCGGGAGUCAAGCCCUGUGGAGCGAGGUCGUCCAAGGGACUCUUUUGGAGAAGGCAACCGGAGAGAUAGGACUCGGAGUCGCAGCAGCCUGGACAAGAGUCGAGCCGCCAAAGAGCGACGCUCGUUAACUCCAGAGGCCCCGUACCAGCGUUCUGAAGCUUCUUCGCAUGGGAUGCGUGCUGGGCCCGGUCAAAGUCACCUUCCGCCUCAACCUCGAAGGGAACGCAGCUUGAGCCCAUAUAGCAAACGUCUUGCUCUGACUCAGGCUAUGAAUAUAGGAAGGUAG